AUGCGCAAGAGGUCUGCCCCACUGCUACUGGCGCUGUCCGUUUCCCGGAGACCUUUCGAAGUUGCGGCGGUUCGGGCAAUGUCGCUUGAUGUGGCCGACUUUCCCGCACGAGUAGCACGUAAGCGUGGACUGGUUGCGUGCACGCUGUUCCACCACACCGGGCUCUAUGGGAGAAGGACCGUUGGUGCGGUAGAAACCUUGAAAGUUCUGCCUGUGCUCGUGCCUGCUGUUGCUGCUGCGCUUGUUGCUGUGACUGCUGUCGCGCCUGCUGUUCUGCUCGCUCUUCCUGCCUUUGCCUUUGCUGCUGAUCCAGUUGCCUCAGGAGCAGCUGCUGCCUCCGUUGCUGUGCCUCUUGCUGUGCAUGCUGCUGUGCUGCUUCUUGCUCCUCCUGCCGCUGCCUUGCCUGUUGCAGAAGCAGCAGCUGCUGUGAGGCCUUUCCCCAAGCCUGUCCCCAUGCCUGUUCCCAUGCCUGUCCCCAUGCCUGUCCCCAUGCCUGUUCCCAUGCCUCUCCCCAUGCCUGUUCCCACGCCUGCCUCCAUGCCUGUCCCCAUACCUAUACCCAUGCCUGUACCCAUGCCUGUACCCAUGCCUGUACCCAUGCCUGUACCCAUGCCUGUUCCCAUGCCUGUCCCCAUGCCUGUCCCUAUUCCUGUUCCAAGGCCUGUCCCCAUGCCUGUUCCCACGCUUGCCUCCAUGCCUGUCCCCAUACCUGUACCCAUGCUUGUACCCAUGCCUGUACCCAUGCCUGUACCCAUGCCUGUUCCCAUGCCUGUCCCCAUGCCUGUCCCCAUGCCUGUUCCCAUGCCUGUCCCCAUGCCUGUACCCAUGCCUGUACCCAUGCCUGUACCCAUGCCUGUUCCCAUGCCUGUCCCCAUGCCUGUCCCCAUGCCUGUUCCCAUGCCUGUCCCCAUGCCUGUUCCCACGCCUACCUCCAUGCCUGUCCCCAUACCUGUACCCAUUACUGUACCCAUGCCUGUACCCAUGCCUACUCCCAUCUCUUCAUCCAUCCCCAUACCCCCCCUCAUGGCCACUCUUCUAUCUUCGUCAUCCCUCCUCUCUUCUCCAUCACAACUUGUCUCAUCCGUUCUCUCUUCAUCCUCUCUAGAGGCACCACUACCCUCUAUACGCUCUGCCUUGCCUUCUGCUCCCCUUUUUUUUUUCCUCCCUUCCCCCUCCCUUUUCCUCUCUUCCCCUUCCCUUGUCCUCCCUUCCCCCUCUUUUCUGCUGUCUUCCCUCUCCCUUAUCCCCCCUUCUCCCACCCAUCUCCUCCCCUCUCCUUCCCCUUCCCUUAUUCUCCCCCACUCUUCCCCGCAUCCUUCCUUCUCCUGCUCUUCUCCUUCCCCUACCCAUAUCCUUACUUGUCCUGCCCGACGCCUGCUGACAUGGCAACGACAGGUGAUGACGCGACCUGGCGUGUGUCAAGGAGAGGGAAAGCAGUUGGAAGAGGGGGAAAGGGUGGAGGAGGAGGAGGAGGAGGAGGAGGAGGAGGAGGAGGAGGAGGAGGAGGAUGAGGAGGAGGAGGAGGAGGAGGAGGAGGAGGAGGAGGAGGAGGAGGAGGAGGAGGAGGAGGAGGAGGAGGAGGAGGAGGAGGCUAGCUGA